AUGGAGGUGACGGAAGCGCUAACAGCAAGACAGUUCCCUCCUAGACAAAACUUGCCUCACAACGGAAAGCUAGAAACUAGACGAAUUCUCCGGCCAAAGAGAGGGCUUAGCGUGAGGCAGAACCUUCUGAAUCGAAGAGCAGAAGGUUUCUGUAGUAGUACUGUUAUGCAGGACGGCAGAGGAACGAAGAGGAAGUUCCAAGAGACCGAAGUGAAAGACCCCGACACCAAACGGGCUAGGACGAAGGAAGACGGCUGGCUUGUAGCUGGAAACACUCCUUGUUAUACCCAGUUGCUGGCAAGGAGCAGCUUUCCCCGGCCACAGCCGAUGGACUUUGAAGAGGAACGUGCUACGUUCUGUGCCCCUGAGACCAAAGCAGUGCCCCGCAAAUGGAAGAGGAGGUACGUGAGGAACAGAGCAGCGAAUCGUUUCCCUCGAGUGCUGAGAAACACCGAGGGAAUGAAGAGAAAGAUGGAGGACGCAGGGGAGUCAUCCCCGUCCAACAUGAGACUCAGGAAGGAUGAAGACGAAGCGGCGACUGCUAGUCCUACCCGAAGGCCUCCCCUGAAAGCAAUGCGAGGAGGUAUAAUAAAGGUGGUAGCUCUGAGGAAGAGGUUUGCGGACAAUUCCCAGAGAAGGCCACAAGACUGUCAGGGAAAGAAGAGGAAGCUGGAGGAGGACGAGGAAAUGACUGCAUCUGUAGAUCAGGGGAAAAUGGAGGCCACAGGCAAGACGGAACCCCUGAACAAAAGACGGAAGGCGGACCGAAGCCCUCCUCCUCCUCGCAGUCCACCAAAGGCACCGAAAAGGCUACCUCGGCAGGCAAAGGCCAACGCAGUGGACAGAAUCCACAAGGUGUAUGGUGUCCCCGCCGAGAGAACUAAGCCGGGCCAUAAUGCAGCAGCUGAAGAGGAGAAAAUGAAAAAGAAGGUAAAUGAAAAAGUUGAGGAAAAAGCACAGAAAAAGGCAGAAGCAGCAAAAGGAGAGAGAACUGACAUUUCCUUCGACAAACCUCAACAGAAGAAGCUGGGGAAAAGGAAAGGGAAAGAAGAGCCUCCGAAGAAGCAGGCUGAAAAAAUACAGAAGAAGCAGAAGAAAAUGGAGGCUCCAAAGAACCAGGCCGAGAAGAAUAAGAAGAAAGAGGAGCCUCAGAAGAAGCAAUCUAAGAAGAGAACGAAGAAAGGUGCGAAAGGGCCCCAAAAUCAGGAGAAGGACACACGGAAGACAGAAGCCAUAAUAAUGAGUGAGGCCGAGGUUGCCGAGCUCCUCAAGGAAGGAAAGGAGCUGGGCGCGGGGACCUACGGAACCGCUUACAAGAUCGUCCACAAAGGAGAGGUAGCCGUCCUAAAGGUGGCCAAUUCACGUCUGUGGAGUGUGAAAGCGGCUUUCAGAAAGGAAGCGAAGGUUCUUCAGGCCCUCAAUGGCACAGGAGGUGCUCCUCUGCUGUUUGGAACCUGUAGCAAACCAGCAGCUAUCCUCAUGGAGUAUUGCCCUGGGGAAGAGUUCCUCUCGUUUAUAAACGACUCGAAGAACUCUCCUUCCCUCGCUUUGGGAAUCCUUCCGGACAUUGCGAGGGAACUGCACCAGAUCCACUUGGCAGGUUAUGUCCACGUGGAUUUGAAGACGGAUAACGUCAUGGUCCACGUCCCAGAAGGCAAGGGCAAGAAACAGCUGAAGCCCAGGAUAAUCGACUUCGGAAUAGCUGUGGAAAGGAGAAAGGUAAUAGAGCUAUAUCCGAAUUUUUCAGAUUCCAUCUACCCGCCUGAGUACACAGGAAGGUUGUCGCCGGCGCAGCCGCCCUCUGGGGACGUAUAUUCCAUGGGAUGUCUUAUUGAGGAAUACGAUUCUAUGCCCUUCACCGAUCACAUCCCACAGCACUAUGAGGAAAUUAUAAACAUGGCAAAGAACGAGAACCCAAGACUUCGCCCAACCGUCCCCAAGUUAGUGAAACUGUUAGAAGCAGCAAGAAAGAUGACCGACCUACAAUAG